AUGCAAAGGCCACCGGUGACGCCAUUAGACGAGCGCCUGCAGCGCUGCGAGCGGGGAGCGCCGUGGGCCCCGCCGCCUCUCACCGUGCCGCCUCCGUCGCCGCCGCCUCCGUGGGGCCCUCCGUGUCUGCGCAGCGCGGCCCGCGGCUCCCGGAGGAGCAUCCGAGCGCGGGGCCCGGCGCGGGCGCGGGGCGCGGCCAUGGCGGACGGUGCGGGAGCGGGCGCGGCGGGCCAGGCCUCGGGACCGGCGGCGGGCUCGAGUGGGGCAGGGGGCCCGGUUAACCCUGCUUCGCUACCUCCGGGAGACCCGCAGCUCAUUGCUCUCAUAGUGGAGCAGCUCAAGAGCCGCGGCCUGUUCGACAGCUUCCGCCGGGACUGCCUGGCUGACGUGGACACCAAGCCAGCUUACCAGAACCUGAGGCAGAAAGUGGAUAAUUUUGUGUCAACACACCUAGACAAACAGGAAUGGAAUCCUGCAAUGAACAAGAACCAGUUGCGAAAUGGGCUGAGGCAGAGCGUGGUUCAGUCAGGCAUGUUGGAAGCAGGAGUGGACAGGAUCAUUUCUCAGGUGGUGGACCCCAAACUAAAUCACAUCUUCAGGCCACAGAUAGAGCGAGCAAUCCACGAGUUCCUGGCAGCCCAGAAAAAAGAAGCUGUGCCAGCUCCUCCUCCAGAACCUGAAAGCCAGGAUCCUCCAGCACCAUCCCAAGAUACUUCCUAAGGAUAUACCUGAUACCUUUGGAAAACUCCAUGUAAUGAAGAAAUGAAACGGAUUCCAGUUUCAUUCGAAUAUAACUUUAGUCGACCAUGUCACUACUGAUGUCAAAAUUUUGACCUUGACUCGAGUGGUGUCCAUAUUGGAUGGACAGCAAGUUUGGUGGUGGGACGUUAUCCAUACUUCCUCAUGAAUUGUGCCACCUUUGGCCAGCCUGUCCAGGGGUCUGACCCCAGUAUAGACACUACAGAGGUUUAAGCACUACGUGACUUGGGCUGUCCUGAUGAGACCUUUAUACUUGAACCUGGGCACUGCAUGUGGAUGUUAGCGCUUGUGCUCUGCAGUGUGCAGAAGACAGGCUGGGGCUAGCCGGUCAGGACAGCAAAGGGCCAUGGGAGCAGCUCUUUGACAGUGGGUCUUGAUAUCCUUGGGAUGUGCAGCAGUUAGAGCGUCAGUAGCCCUAGGUUAUUGUGACCUUCCUGUACUUGGGGAUUUUAGUAGUUUUCUUUCUCUUAUCAGAGGUAACCUGGAGCCCUGGAGUGAGCAAGGAGAGCCUCACUGCCUCUGUCCUGGCCUCUCCCUAGCCACAGGCGAGUCUCUCUGGAUGUGGUGCUCAGUUCUUGUGUUUGUGUUUUCAGAAGAACACCGUUAGUAAUAAAUAGCAGACGUUUUUGCAAUGAAGUCAUUUGAUCUUUCCCUAAAGCCUCAACAGAAUCUUAGCACCUCUGUCUGUGGAGGUGGCUCCCCUUUACCUGCCUGCCUUCUCUGUACAACACGUGACUUGAUGGGAAUGAGGGAUUGCUGGCUGGAACUUAAAAAGCAUCCUGACUUGUGCUGGGUGUUGCAGCUGGUCAGGGACAGACAGUGUCUGGUUGAAUGUUCCAGCUCAUCCCAAGCUUGGAUGAGUACCAGUGCCCUUGAGUAUCUCAAGGUGGGCCAUGGGAUCUGGGUGUUACUGGCCUGGCCUAGGGUGGGAUGAGAGGGGACAGGUUGCAUGUGUGAAGGUCAGAGGUCAGCUUGUGGAUAUUGGUUCUCUCCUACCCCGUGAAUCCCAGUGAUUGAAUUCAGGUCACCAGGCUUGGUGGCAGACAGCUUUACUCACUGCCCUAGAAGUUUGUAUCUUACAAGCUCCCAGGUGAUGCUGGACCUUGGAUAUAGCAAAGAUUGCUUCAAACUAAGAGUCCUUGUUCUUAGUUGAGUACACUGUUGAUACUGUUGAUCUAACCUAUUGUGUUUGGAGGUUUUGUGGUGCUGGGGGUAGACAAACCCGGUGUCUUUCCACCUGCUAAGCGCAUGUUCUACAUCUGAGCAACGUGCCCAGCUCAGAUCUAAGAAAAUUCAAAAUUCAACCCAGCUGAUUGUUUCUUCCUUAGAAGAAAUGUUUCCCUUCCACCUUUCCACAAAUCCCUCAUGGAGGACUUUGUUUCCUGUCAAGAGCUCAACAAGAUUUUUGCAGCACCUGCGCUUGUGUUAAAAACAAACUGGCUUGGGCUGGAGAGAUGGCUCAGAGAUUAAGAGCACUGACUGCUCUUCCAGAGGUCCCGAGUUCAAUUCCCAACAGUCACAUGGUGGCUCACAGCCAUCUAAAUGAGAUCUGGUGCCCUCUUCUGGCAUGCAGGCAUACAUGUAUACAUAAUAAAUAAAUCUUAGAAAAAAAAAAGCUGGCUGCACCCUCAGCAAAGGUGGAAGUGGCCACAGAGGUGUGAUAUAUUUCCCUCCUAGAGGUGUGAUAUAUUUCCCUCCUAGAGGUGUGAUAUAUUUCCCUCCUAGAGGUGUGAUAUAUUUCCCUCCUAGAGGUGUGAUAUAUUUCCCCUCCUAGAGGUGUGAUAUAUUUCCCCUCCUAGAGGUGUGAUAUAUUUCCCCUCCUAGAGGUGUGAUAUAUUUCCCCUCCUAGAGGUGUGAUAUAUUUCCCCUCCUAGAUGUGGUACCCUCUCCAUGGAACAGGUUGCUGGCCUUGUCAGGACAGGAACCAAAGUCCUCAACAGCUGGGUACAGAACACAGUCCUUUACCCUACCUUCCUGCACGUGCAGAGAAGUGUCUCGUCCCUAGAUGGUCCUUACAUCCUAAGGCUGCACAGCUGUCCCACCUAAGGAAAGAUGGCACGACAGACCAGCUCGGGGGAAAGCCUACUCCGUUUUGUGUGUGUUUUAAGCAGGCAGGUUUCAAUCUGCGUUCUCUUUUCCCAUGACUGAAGAAGACCCGACCAGAUGCCUAGAAGUGCAGACUUUCACAGUUGCCUGCCCAGAGCUCAGGGCCUCGACAGUUCUGCCCUCACAUUUUCCCAGUAAGACUCAGAGUUGAGGGAAGCAGGGCUUUGUCGGAUUAGAGAGACUUUUGCUCUUAGAAGAUGACAUUUGACCCUUAGCUGAAUCAAGGAGAAAGAAAUGCCCAUUCUCCCAAGGGGGAGGUGUAGUCACGACAACUCUGUAAGACUCAGAGGCAAUUAGCUGAUUGGUUGCCAACCAGAUCUGUGCAUACCCCUGCAUCCUUAAGCUUUGGGUGUUGAUUGGGUUCAUCACACAGGACCUUUGAGGAAAUCAUGGUCCAAGAAGUAGGACAGUUCUUCCCCCAAGGAAGGUUAGCCCACCAAAACUGCUUCACCUAUUAAACUCCUUGCUGUAAACAUUCUGUUUUGCUUUUUGAUAUUUUAGUUAUUCCCUUAAGAAUGUUCCACAAUGUAGUUUGAUCAUAUUUGCCCCCAACUCCUGUAUUCAUUUCUCGGCAAGAUGUGAUUUGUCGGUGGUCUAAAGUGAGUCUGGCUUCUCUGGAAAAGCCAUUGUGAGAGCUGCGUUGGAGCAUGGGGCUGACCUCUAGGAUAUGAUCAGCACUGGGAAGGGCCUUGAUCAGGGCCAGCAGAGUGGUACCCUGUUCUGAAGCUCCCUUGUGUGAACCAAAAUCAGCUUGCUACCGGAGACCUUAGUUCCUGGCAUGUUUCUAAUCCCUAGCUUGGCACUGUCCCAACUUAACCAUCUAGAGCCAGUUGUGUGAACUCCAGGUGCUCAGUGACAUUUGUGGCUUCUAGAGAGUGGGUUUAGCCUUGCUUUUGUCACUGUGUCUCGUCCUCUACUAACUCGGAGCUCGGCAAGUUCUUGUGUGCUGUGUUAGCAGCCCUGUCAGCUGGAGAAACACCAGAUGCAUUCCAACAGUACGUGGACACACUGGUUCCAAAAGGUGGCCAUCCCCACAUGUGCAGCCUCGGGUAUACCAGUCGGUGCCACUGCAGGAGGCCUCUCCAAGGCUGGUGACGUGACUUGUACUGAUAAACUAACCACACGACUCACAUGACUGUUCCAACACCACCUGGACGGUGAUGAUGUGUCUCUGAAUUCCCCGUAGUCCCUUGGAAGGACCCCGCCGUUGGACCUGUUAGCUUAGCUGUGCCUGCAUGUAGCUCAGCUCCCAAGUGGUUCUUUGAUACUGAGUUGGCUCUGGAAGCUCAGCAUUCCCUGGAGCUGCCAAAGGCCCUUGUGGACCAGAAAGGUCAGGAGAGAUGUCUGUGGGAACCUGGCACAGUCAGGGGGCUUGUGUUGAAGGCUGUUUAGAUGAGGAUGUGGCUACCCGCCCUGUGUCCUGUGGAUACUAAGGACAGGCCAGGAGAGUUGACAUGGUACAUUGCCAGUUGUCAGUCACCUAUCUAAGGUAGUAUCUUCAGGACUGGGCUCCAAGGUCACGUGGUAGUAAUCAUGCCGUGUUCUCUCUUAAGGAGCUGACCCUCCUUCCUAAGACAGCUUUUCACCAGGAGACUUCUACUUAUCAGUCUUCCCAAGUAAAGGAACCAAGAGCCAGGCCGUUUUGUGCAUGGCCUUAUGUGAUUUUCACAAUUCUGGAAGGAUAGUCUCCGUUCUGUGAAAUGAAGGCUCGCCAGGUGAAGGACUUUGUUCAUAACUGACUGAGGAGCAGGGAUGUGCAGCCAAGGCUUGUCUUCCCCACACCAGUGGUUACUCUGUCUCUGUUACUUGACUUGUUCGUCCAUGUCUGUCCUCUGGGGUUAACUCAUUCCAAACCUGGGUCGCAUCAAAUGGUUUGAAUUGUGAAGCCAGUGGUCUCAUCUGCCUGAAAGGGAACAAAGAAGUGUAAACUGGCCAUGUGUUUGCCAUGAGCGGUGACCAGGGCAUAGCUGAAAACUACAAGUCUGUCUUCCCCUCUUGUCAUAGGCCCUUCUUUUUGAAGGCUGAGUAGUAUUCCCUUCUGUGUGCAUAUCACAUUUUGAAAAGCAUGGCUAAUUUUUAGCACAAAAACAUCACCCAGGACACAUCUCAGAAUGUAUACAGUGUGCAAUGUAUGCUGAAAACCUUCAGUCUGUUUUCGAAGGUCAUCCAUGAACUGAGCUCCCUCUGAGCAGGUGCUGACCCACAAGCGUUGACAGUGUAGAAGACAGCAAAAGCAGGUGACGGCCUGCCUUAGCACAGCUGGUCACCUGGACAGUGGUCCAGGAGAGCCAGAGUGAGCUGGGGGGCCACACCGACCUGCUGGGUUCCACGCAUGUCCAUUCCGUACUGUCUUGUACCCUACCCCAUCCCAUGUACUCUCCUCCCACUGCCCAUAUCUGAUCUUGCCCAGGACUCAUUCCCCACGGCAGCUUAGACCAUUGUAAACUUGCCUAGCAAACUUGGUAAAUGCCAUGAAGCUGUUCUCAUGGUCUGUGAAGCUAACAGAAAUGUAUUUAUAGCCCCGAAGUUAUUAAUAGGGUUUUUCUGGUUUCCAUUCUAAGCACAGAUCUCUCCAUAAAUGCUUGGGGGAGACGUUAAAAACAUGGGAGUGUUAUUGGGUGAAAUCCCCAUGAAGGGAGCAUUGUGCAAUGCCACCCCGAGUUACCUUGUUAAGUCUAUGCUGGGAACACGUGGUUUGUUGUAAAAAUGAGUCCUUUGACACAGAGGACUCAGAACUACCUCUCUGCCCUUUGCCCCUGCCUCUCCACAUGUCCCCAGGAAGAUGUGUGCACAGUUGACACUGGGAAUAUGGCCCCUUUAUUCAUAGAACCUGACAGCUCUAGGAGACAGGCUGGACCACACAGGGUGCUGUUUGCCCAGGCCAGUUCUGGGUCCGUGUAGCCUAACCACAGCCAGCUUCAGAAGCCAGCUGGCUCCUUCCUCUGUGCCCAAGCCUGAGUCUUAGAACUCAUCACUCCAUGAGAUUCAAGGCCUCCUCAUCCCCCUGAGGGGUGGCAGAAGAGGCAGCACAUGGCUGUCCCAGCCCGCAGCCAUACUAAGUGGUGGCAUGUCCGGCUGAGCACCACAAGAAGAGGGAGGCAUGCGGUGAGAGCCUCUGAAGGCGGCAGGGCACCCCUCUUCUCUGUGUGCCUUCUGAGUAGCAGAGAGGAAGAGGGGGUCCUCUCCUGACAACAGCCAGCUCUAGGCCUACUCAAACCAUGUGAGUGUUAGAAAAAGGGCACCAGGCUCUGAAUGGAGAUUGCCAGCCUUGAGGUGUGGCUAGAGCCUGGGGUUCACCCAUCCCACCUAUGUAGGUGAGGCUGCUUGUUUGAUUCCUGGCCGCCCAGACCCAAAAUAAUCACACAAACUAUAUUAGUUAAAACACUGUUUGGCCUAUUAGCUCAGGCUUCUUAUUAACUAUCUCUUACAUCUUAAAUCAACCCAUUCCUAUUUUAUAUUUUACUUUGAGGAUCAUGGUUUUUGGGUUAGGUUCUUGGCCCUUUGUCUCCUCCCACAGCUACAUGGUGUCUCUUCGACUCUGCCUACUCUCUGCAUCUCUGUUUGGAUUUUCCUCCUGGCUUUACUCUGUUAAGCCAUUGAUCGAAAGCAGCUUCUUUAUUAACUAGUGGCCAUAAAGCAUAUUUACAGCAUACAGAGGGGAAUCCCACAUCACCUCCAGUACUCUCCCAUAGGAAAGGGGGGAUAUAAUGGCAGGAUCCAGCAGAGGUGGAGAGUCAGCUAGACAGGACCACAUCUGUACAGGCCUCUGAGGAGAGCUGUCAGAACUAGGGAGGGGAGGCAUGUGAUACCCACUGGGUGGUUUUGGGGGCACUGACAGGACUCAUGCCUAUCCACUUGUGAACAGUGACAGCCACAGUCAUGGGGUACAGAGUCCAGUGCUCAACCUGAACCCGUGGGCUGGGGCUGGUGUUCCUCUAGAGGAGGG